AUGGAGAAGAAGGUGAAAAUCGUGUUCAUGGCUCUCGGCGGAAUUCCGUUGCCGAAAAAACAACUGAUGGUCGAGUACAAGGAGGUGAACAAGAAGGAAAUGGCUGAAGAUGCUAUAAAGUAUGGCUAUGCCUCCUUGGAUGACGCUCUGGAGAAGCUUUGUGUUUUGCGCUCAGACCAGAAACUAGAGCCCAAAACGGAAAGUAGUGCUAAUAAAAAACUGGCUCACAUACAAGUUCUUCUGGACAACAAGUAAGUAUUGAAAUUGGUAGUAAUGUUUGGCGAUAGUCACUGAAACCCAUUGAGACCUCGCGCCCAUUGAGACCCCGGUCCAUUGAGACCUCGAGCCCAUUGAGACCUUAAAAGGAGGGUCGGCGGAGACUUUAGGAGGUUCGGCGGAGGGUCGGCGAAGGCUUUAGGGUAUUCGGCGGAGGCGGGGAUUCAGCGGAGGGUCGGCGGAGGCUUCAGGGCAUUCGGCGGAGGGUCGGCGGAUGCUUUAGUGUAUUCGGCGGAGGCUUUAGAGGGUUCGGCGGAGACUUUAAGAGAUUCGGCGGAGACUUUUAUGCAUUCGGCGUGUAUCUACCCAAUUUUACUCCUAACCUUUUUAGCCCUACCCAACCUUACCCUUGCUCAUUUUACUCUACCCAACUAUACCAUACCCAUCCUUUAUAAUAUACCGUACUAUAUCCUAUUGUACUUAAUAUACCGUAUCCUACCAUAACCUAUCCUAUCUACCAUGUUAAACCCUACAAUACUCUACCAUACAAUACAAUACCAUACCAUACUUUACAAUACCAUAUCAUACCAUACCAUACUAUACCAAACUGUACCAUACCUUACCUUAUUCAACCUUAUACAAAACUACCGUGUACUAUUUGUGGGUAUAUUAGAAUAAGUAAGUAAAACAACAUAAAUGGUAUAAUAUAGUCAAGUAUAGUAUGGCAUAGUAUGGGAUAAUAUGGUACGUUAUAUUAUUACCAAGUUCUCCGCCGAAUCCCCUAAAGUCUCCGCCGACCCACCUUUCAAGGUCUCAAUGGGCGUUUGGGGUCUCAAUGGGCUUGGGGUCUCAAUGGACCCGGGGUCUCAAUGGGCUCGAGGUCUCAAUGGGAGGGAUUCGGCGAUAGUUUUGGAAAUUUUUUGAUAAUCUCAACUAUACAAAUGUAAAAUAUUACAAAAUUAUAAACUAUCGUUUUAGGAAGGAGAAGAAAGACUUCAGCGGCUUAGAUGGUGGGUUUCGUAAAGGUUCAAAGUUUCCAGAGCGAACGCAAGCUAAGCCUAAAAAGCCGGCUGGACCUUCGUUCAAUGCUAACGAUAUUCCACUUGGCCAAGGUGCGGGUGCCGGCUUCUUCAAGAAGCGAGAGCCAGAGAAGAAAUCUUUGGAAGAAGCCUUCAACACAUUUGCAAUCAAAAAGCCUGAAUUCAAUGAUAAUGUAGCUACAGGUAACAUUUUUUAAUGGCGUAUAUCAUUAUCAGAGAGAAAAUGUAGAAUAUUUUAAAUUUUCUUUGAUUUGGCUGUUUCUGAGCUUUUAAACGUUGUGCUGGUUAUUGGAUUGUACACUUAUCACUUCUUUUUAUACUUUUAUUUGGGUUUGCAGCUGAAUUCUACGAAGACGAAGUAUUAGAAAGCGAGGAUGAGUACGGCGUACCAACCUCUUCGAGCAUACAGAUGCCCUCAACUUCGGCUAUGAAACACGCACCUCUUCAGUAUCUGUACAGGGACGAGACCGAGGGGUACCUUCAAGAGUUUGACGAGUUCUUGAAGACCAUUCUCGAAUACCUGAAAAAGGGAUUAUGUUUGGAAGAAUUUAAGAAGCUGGUGGAGGAAUAUAGGCUGGAGACGAUUGUGACAUGGGACAAUAUUGACGCCAUUUUAAAAUACUUCAAGUCGGUGGAAGUGGAAUAUGAAGACGGUGUCUAUUUGGUGGAUCCAGCUGAAAACGUAUGUUUUUAUUUGGUUUUACACUGAAAUUGUUUUUAGCGAUAUCUGUCAUUUUAUCAGUGGGAUUUAAAAAUCUUGUUAAAAUAAGACUAGAUUCAGAAUCGAUAUAAAAUUUAAAAUUUCAGGACCUAGAAAAGCCGGUAGAGAUGUUAACCUUGGCCAUAGCCGAAGACCUGAAUGGAAAGCAGGAGGAAUGCAGGGUGAACGAGGUGUUUGAGAACGGAAUUUGUGCGAUUGAACCUGCAAGUUUUCUUCCCAGGACCGUGAAGAUGUAUCGCGAACUGUUCCACUACCUAGGAGUUCGAGACCCCGAACCCGCCACUUUUGUCGAUGAACGAGGCUACUAUUUGUGCCUCGACAACGGCAGCUAUUUCAGGGCCCAGAUCUUCGGAAAGUUCGACGAGAAUGCCCGUGUUAAAGUAUUGGCAAUUGAUAUUGGUGGGCUGAGACGGGUACACAAGGACAACAUCUUCAUUUUGCCAGGCCAUUUCUACAGUUAUCCACCUAGGGCGAUCUUCUUCUACCCACAAGGAAAGGUGAAUUCCGACAGGAUCAAGGUCUACUUUUUGAACUAUCAAUACAUCAAGGAUCUCCAGGUGUACAACGGGGAAUUCGUCCAAGCCUAA